AUGUCUGGUAAAGACUGGAUAAGAGGUUUCCAUAGAUGUCUAAUUGUAUCUCCUUCUUAUAAAGUAGAAGAUAAUCAAUCACAGAUUGUCAAUAAUAGCACUGGACAUAGACUGGGAGAGAAGGCAUUUUCAUGUCCUGACUGUGGGAAGUUUUUUAGUCACAAAUCAAAACUUGAUAAACAUCAGAGAACUCACACAGGAGAGAAGGCAUUUUCAUGUCCUGAAUGUGGGAAGUGUUUUAGUGAGAAAUCAAAACUUAUUAAACAUCAGAGAACUCACACAGGAGAGAAGCCAUUUUCCUGUCCUGAAUGUGGAAAGUGUUUUAGUGAGAAAUCAAGUCUUAUUAAACAUCAGAGAACUCACACAGGAGAGAAGCCAUUUUCCUGUCCAGAAUGUGGAAAGUGUUUUAGUGAGAAAUCAAAUCUUAGUAAACAUCAGCGAACUCACACAGGAGAGAAGCCAUUUUCAUGUCCUGAAUGUGGGAAGUGUUUUAGUGACAAAUCCACUUGUGAUAUACAUCUGAGAACUCACACAGGAGAGAAGCCAUAUUCAUGUCCUGAAUGUGGGAAGUGUUUUAGUAACAAAUCAACUUGUGAUAUACAUCUGAGAACUCACACAGGAGUGGAGCCAUUUUCAUGCCCUGAAUGUGGGAAGUGUUUUAGCAAGAAAUUAAGUCUUAUUAAUCAUCAGAGAACUCACACAGGAGAGAAGCCAUUUUCAUGUCCUGAAUGUGGAAAGUGUUUUAGUGAGAAAUCAAGUCUUAUUAAACAUCAGAGAACUCACACAGGAGAGAAGCCAUUUUUGUGUCCUGAAUGUGGGAAGUGUUUUAGCCAGAAAUCAAGUCUUAUUAAACAUCAGAGAACUCACACAGGAGAGAAGCCAUUUUCAUGUCCUGAAUGUGGAAAGUGUUUUAGUGAGAAAUCAAGUCUUAUUAAACAUCAGAGAACUCACACAGGAAUGAAGCCAUAUUCAUGUCCUGAAUGUGGGAAUUGUUUUAGUAACAAAUCAACUUGUGAUAUACAUCUGAGAACUCACACAGGAGAGAAGGCAUUUUCAUUUCCUGAAUGUGGGAAGUGUUUUAGUGGCAAAUCAAAUCAUGAUACAUAUCUGAGAACCCACACAGGAGAGAAGCCAUGUUCAUGCUGAAUUUAUGUCUAAUGUAAAAAAAAAAUUGAUAUAUCAAAUGGCAUAUGAGAGAACUUACUUAGGUUUCAAUCUAUUUAAAUGUUAAGAUAGCAAGAAAUGUGGCAGACAUGGAUCUCUAUUGUAUUAUGUGUUAUAUCAGGCUGUAUUCUGAUGUAUAAUUACCUAAAGAUUGAGACAAUUCUUAUUGUUACAUUGCACAUAUUCCAGCGCAACCAAAUAGAAGCCAGAAAUCUUGCUGCAAGGGCUCUGAAGGCAAAGAAAACCCAAUGCCUCUCUGAGUAACCAUUUGGAUUUCAUGGACGUUACUGACUGUUGCAUUUAGGGUGU